UGGUGAUGAUUGUCAGCUACCCCAUUUCCAAACUCUCCUCGUUUUCCCUUUCUACCAAAGACCAAAGUUGCAAUUUCUCUGAAUUAACAGAGGAUUCAAGAUGUCUUUAAGCUUUCCUCUUUACCUGAAUCCCAGCUUCUGUUGUAAUUAUCAAUUUGUGCCACCAAAAAGUUGUAGCAGUAGCAUUAGGAAGAGUGGAGAAGGCGGCAGCAGCAGCAGCAGGGCUGGGAGUAUGAAGGAAGCCUCUGCUGUUUCUUACAAGAAGUUCAUUGAUUUUGCUCUGGAGGAAACCAAAGUCCAUACCCAUUUGGCUCCUUCUCCACUGCAGAAGAAAUUCAAUUCCUUAACGAGUAUGGACGGGCGAACUGAACUCCAAAUGCUCUCAUUUGAAGCACCUAAAGUUCGACUUCUCCGUUGUUUGUCAAUUGAAGGGAAUGACGGCAUGGAGGUUUUGGAUUUUGCGGUGUUCCCUAAGCCAGAAUUUGAUCUUCCUAUAUUUUGUGCCAACUUUUUUACAGCUGCUAGCACAAACAUAGUUGUAUUGGACCUCAAUCCCUUGCAUGCUGUCACAGAUCGGGAUGACUACAAGGAGAAGUAUUACAGACACUUGAUUCCUCUUGGCUUAAAGUAUGCUGAGCUUUUACCCUGGGGUGGAAAGAUUACCAGUGAAUCUUUGAGGUUUUUCUCACCAAUAGUAGUAUGGACAAAGUUUUCUUCAAGCCAAAACUAUUAUGAUGUUUUAUUUUCUGCAUUCAAGGAUUACUAUAAGGCGUGGCUUGAGUUGAUGGAGCAAGCAACUGAAGAGAUUGAUACUUCUGAAAUUGUUUCCAACCGUGAGGCACAGCAUAGGUAUCUCAUGUGGAGGGCAGAAAAGGAUCCUGGGCAUCGACUUCUGAGAAGACUGGUUGGGGAAGCUCUUGCAGAGGAAAUACUAAGGAGCUUCCUCUUUAAUGGAGUUCAAGAGCUAGGGAGCAAAACAUUUUUGGAUUACUUUCCUGAGUACAGGAGUGACAACGGGACCAUAAACGAGAAGCGAAGCAUGAUUGGAAAAUCGUUUGAAAAUCGACCCUGGGAUACUGAAGGCAACUUUCUUGGAAACAGUCUUAGAUGAUCCUGUGGAUGGAGUUCUCAGAGAAGAUUCUUCUUCGGAUAGAAAGUUACCCCUGAUCCUGUUAAAAGGCAAAUUCCAUAUGUCAGUUAUAUUACACUAGUAACUCCUUUUCACUAUUCUCAGAUCUCAAGGGCAUUUCUACCUUUGACUGAAACUGGAGGCUGAAGCAACCGGCUGAAUUCAUCCGGCAGAUUACUGCACU